AUGCCCUACCCCUACCAGCCGCAGCCUCAACCUUCCUACCACCACUACCAGCGACCGCCCUACUACGCUUGUCCACAGGGCUACUCGGACUGGCAGAGGCCUCUCCACCCCCAGGCCAGCCCCAGCGGGCACCCCACCGCCCACCCGCCCCUGGCCAGACCCCCUUUCCCGGACCGGGGGUCCGCCAGCAGCUUGCAGGGCUGCGAGGCACUGAGCGCCACCCUGUCCUCUCCCAACCGCAUGGACAUAGCGAGUGCCAAAGAGGUUUCUCCGAGCGAAGGGCAGGAUCUGGGGCCUGAAGAUGAGAAGUCCGAGGAGUCCCAGGAAAGACCGGAGAGUCCCAAAGAGUUUCUUGAUUUGGACAACCACAACGCAGCCACGAAGAGGCAAAGCUCGGUGGCAGCAGGGGAGUUCCUCUAUGGAGCUCCCCCACCACACCUGGGUUCAGGGAUGGGAUUUGGCCCAUCAGCUUUCCCUCCCCACGGGGUGAUGCUACAGACUGGCUCUCCUUAUGCAUCCCGGCAUCCUGCCAGUCACUUCCAGCCCAGGACGUAUGGAUCGCCUAUGAAUGCUCACCUGUCUCAUCACCCAGCCUCUGGCCAGGCCAACGGCCUCUCUCAGGAGGGACCCCUGUACCGCUGCCGAGAGGAUAACGUAGGUCACUUUCAGGCCUUGCUGAUGGAGCAGAGAGGCAGUGGAGGUGGCAUGGGGGUGCCACCCCAGGACUUGUAUAGACCCUCGGGAAUGCAAAUGCAUCAGGCUCAAGUUCCCUUCCCGAAGAUGCCUACAGCAACCAUGUCCCGGGAAGAUCUGUCAUCACAAAAACCAUCAGCGUUGCCUCUGGACCAAAGCUAGUCCGAGGAAGGAAGGACCUCACGAAGACGAAAGCCACACGUGAUUUGGACAAGGGGGAGGAGGGGCAGGCCUUCCUCCCACCCUCCCCUCGCCCGAGCAGCAUGUAGCUUCCUGGGUCCGUUGUGCUGGAAACCUGGAGUGGUGCUGGGCCCCAGCCAGCCAAGCAGCUGGCUCACCACCACAGGGCAAGCAUCACAAACUAGUGGCUUUCCGUGACCGGAGACUGCGUCUCGUUCAGGGUUUGAGGGAUUUUUUUGGGUGGGGAGGGCGGGGGUGGGGGCAGAAACUUUCAUUGACUGCUAAACUCAGGUAUAUUUUUCAGGGUGGAAGAGGACGAUGAUGGAAUUUACUUGUAGUAUUAACGUGUGUGUUUUGGAGCUGGAUCCAGUUUACAGAAUUUAACCUGUUGC